UUCUAAUAAGAUCCAGGGGAGCUGUUUGUGUUUUUCCACAGAAUGAAGAAAAUCCUUUUUGGGUCCCUGAAAGACUCACCCGAAUCUUGUUGGAUCAAGAAAGGCAUACAACCCAGCCACCCAGUAAAGAUGAGUAGGCCCCUUCUGCUGAUGAUCCUGACAAUCGAAGUCGGGCUCGUUUAAGGGGAACCACGCUGGGGUAUCAUGUCAACCUUCCCGCUGCCUAUGCUGGUGAUGUAUAAUGCCCAAGUUUACCCCAGAUUCUUUGUAACUAAUAAAAAUUUAGGCCUUGCCUAUCUACCCCGAGAUGAGCAGAUUGAGGAGCUUAUGGAAAACAGGACUAUACCCCUUAAGGGAAGUCUGUGUUUUCUAGUAGAAGGAAAUAAUUUUAGCAGCCCCUGUAUUAUACUAGGAAAUCUUUCUUCAGCAUGGUUGAAAGAAGCCACGGUUGGUGGCAAAGCCUUUAACAUCGUGGCAAAUGCCACAGUACUCUAUGGGUGGUGGCCACGGUCUCCCACUACUAAUAAAACUUCUGCCCCACCGAUUCAACCAAAAUUGGCCCCGUUUUGUACUGGCCGACAAGAUAAAGGAUUGGCCUUGCCAUGGACGGGGUGCCAAUCCAGGGAUGCCAUGUGGGCCCUGGAAGGCCUGUUCUCUUUUUCUCCAACUAUAGGGAGAGGAUCAAAUUUUACUGUCAUGGACCCCGACCAAGCUAACACAAACCCUUUUGAUCAGUGGUUGCUCUGUGGAGUUAAUGGAAGCUGUACAGACCUUUCACCCCUGGCCAUGUUAAAAGGAGGCAUGGGAGAGCUAGGACAGUUAGAAUAUAAUUGGCAGGGAAAUUUUGGCAAACAACUCUCAUCAGGCAAGAGUUCAGGAUCAGGUCGUUGGACCACCACUGAUAUUAAAUAUAAGACCUUUGCCUAUGAAAAUUAUGCUACCACCCCUGUCUGUGUUUGGCCACCAUUUAUUUGGAUUGUUAGCAACAAAAGCCAUGUUGAAGCUAGGCUGGAAUGUGGGGAGGGGGACUGUUAUUACACCUUAUGCUGGGAUGCUGAGAGGUUCCCCAUUGCGAUAGUGACCCGAAUGCCACGUUUUGUACCUGUUCCGGUAGAGGCCCCCAAUAGCAUGUCAUUAUCUAGACAGAGAAGAGAUUUCGGGAUCUCAGCCAUUGUUGUGGCUAUAAUUGCUACCACUGCAGUUGCGGCAUCAGUUACAGCCUCUGCCCUUGCUCUGUCCAGUUCAGUGCAAGCUGCACAGAGCAUUAAUGAUUUGUCCGCCACAGUAUUUCUGGCUAUAGAUAAGCAGACCUCCGCUAAUACUCAAAUACAAGGAGGCCUUAUGUUGGUCAAUCAACGCAUUGAUCUAGUACAAGAGCAGUUGGAUAUUUCAUGGCAAAUGGCACAGCUGGGGUGUGUGCAGAAGCUCCCUGGCCUAUGUAUUACUUCUAUCCCAUAUGAAAAUUUUACUAGAGCAGCUAAUCUAUUUAAGAGCCUUUCUCAGUACAUUUUGCAGAAUUGGACUUCUGAAUUUGAGCAGACGCUCUGCGAACUGAGGACGGCCGUACUCCAGAUCAACUCCACACGUCUUGAUCUUCCCUUCAACGAGGGACUGUCAUCUUGGAUCUCUUUAGUUGUUUCCUACUUCAAGGAAUGGGUGGGAGUGGGAAUGUUUGGCAUGGCCAUCUGCUGCGGACUGGUAUUUCUCCUAUGGAUGGUCUGUCGACUCAGAACCCAAAAUAAGCGAGACAAGGUGGUUAUUGUGCAUGCACUUGCGGCCCUGGAACAUGGGGCUUCCACUGACGUGUGGUUGACUAUGCUCAAGCAAUAGAUUGCUGACAAGACAGCUCUUGCACGCCCGGAACCUAGGUUCAUUGCACUGGGCAAAGUGUCCUACACAGCACCCAAAGAGGGUUGUUGAAUAAGGUAUCGCACAGGGGGUCAUUGUCCCGCUGAGAGACAUGUCGUUCCGCAUAAGGGUUGCCUGCCCGAGUUUCCCUUUCCCAGAAAAACGGCAGAGGACAGGUUGGGAGUAUCCUGGGCUCCAGAGUAGACCUAGGGAUGACUCCCAUACAUGGUCUGAUCAAGAUUUUAACUGGGAGGUUCGACCACUGUCUCUACCCUCUCAUUUUGGGAAAUCUAUUUGCUUCAUAUAAAGUAAAAAGAGGGAGAUGUGGGGAGCCACCUGCCAUCCCUGCAGAUGCCAUUACAAGAUGGCGCUCACAUCCGGUUCAUGCUGAGCAGUAAAUAAGUCAGUACGCAUGCCCGAAGUAAUUUUCCACC